CGCCGCCGCCGCCGCCGCCGCCGAAGCAGCAGAACCACCAGCAGGGAGGGGCCGCGGCUUUGGCCUCGGAUGAGAACAAGACGAUCUGGGUGGGGGAUCUCCAUUACUGGAUGGACGAGAGCUAUCUCCACAGCUGCUUCGGCCACACCGGCGAGGUUGUCUCCAUUAAAGUUAUUCGCAAUAAGAAGACUGGACAAUCAGAGGGAUAUGGAUUUGUGGAGUUCUUCUCACAUGCAGCAGCUGAGAAAGUACUUCAGAACUUCAAUGGCUAUGCAAUGCCUAACACAGAACAGCUUUUUCGGUUGAACUGGGCAUCGUUUAGCAUGGGUGAUAAACGUUCAGAUGCUUCUUCUGAUCAUUCUCUAUUUGUUGGUGAUUUAGCUUCUGAUGUGACUGAUGCCAUUUUGCAAGAAACUUUUGCUAGUAGGUAUUCAUCAGUAAAAGGUGCAAAAGUUGUUAUUGAUGCCAAUACUGGCCGUUCAAAGGGUUAUGGGUUUGUAAGGUUUGGAGAUGAUAAUGAGAAAACACAUGCCAUGACUGAAAUGAAUGGUGUAUUUUGCUCUACUAGGCCCAUGCGCCUUGGUCUUGCAACUCCUAGAAAGUGUUCUGGUGGUUUUGGGUCCAAUUGUGCUUCUGCACAAAGCUUCCAGUCAAAUGGAGAUCCAACUAACACAACAGUUUUUGUUGGAGGGCUUGACCCAAAUGUCAGUGAAGAAGAUUUGAAGCAAGCCUUUUCUCAAUAUGGUGAGCUUGCCUCUGUCAAAAUUCCAGUUGGGAAGCAAUGUGGUUUUGUGCAAUUUGUCCACAGAAACAAUGCUGAAGAAGCAUUGCAACAGUUAAAUGGAACGGCAAUUGGGAAGCAGGUGGUUCGCCUUUCAUGGGGUCGCAACCCUACAAAUAAACAGUUGAGAACUGAUCCUGGCAGUCAUUGGAAUGGUGCAUACUAUGGAGGACAGGUUUACAAUGGAUAUGGUUAUGUCUUACCAGCUCAUGAUCCGAGAAUGUAUGCUGCAGCAUAUGGGGCUUAUGCAUUGUACGGUAAUCAACAGCAAGUAAGACUAAAAAAAAAAAAAAAAAAAACAAGAGAGAGACUUGUUGUUGGAUCUGGCAAGGCUUUACUGAGUUAUGUGGAAACCGGCUUAGUUUUAGCAACUGAUAAAGAGCAGAAGAUUGUGAGUAAGUUGGCAUAAAAUACCUCCUAUGUUUUGUGCGUUCUUGUGAGCAACAGUUUUUACCUAAGGUCUCUAUGGUCAUUUAAGAUUCUAUCCGAACUAAUCUUGCAAAUUUUGUCUGCUAGCUGUAAGAAAGGGGAAAAACCUAGUUUGUUGCUGUGUGGAAAUGGUUGUGUUAUUCAUUUAGGGUACAAUUAAUAUUUUAUAAUCAGCUUAUGGGCUUCUAAGUUCUUAUAUUUUUC